CAAACUCUAGAACCCUAAUUCCUUUCAUUGCCACUACCAUUCCGAGCGCCGGUUAUCACCGACACCACCAGCACCACGAUAUCAAGCUUCUACAACUUACCAUCACCCACUUGCCAAAAAUGCUCCCACUUUUAACAUGGUUUUCCAUGGCUACCGCCAUCACUGUUCACAACCACCAUUAAUCGUUGUUUCGGACGGCUACCACCACUUCUACUUCACAGAUGCACAUCUCCGUCUCUUUUUAAGCCCUUCUAUAUUCAUCGGUGCACUACCGUUUGCCUCACAUGUUGGAGAUUUCAAAAUAUGGAGUGUAGGAAGGCUGAUACGUGUUAGGUCCAUGAGUCGAAAACCAUGGAGAUACAUCUGGGUUUGUCUAUGUUUAUUGCCAUGCGACAAAGCAAAAAUGGAAAAGUAUAGGUUUAUCCUUGAAAGUUAAAUUAAUAUUACUUUUACGAAG